AAUAAAAUAUUAGCGGAAGGGAGUCAACUUUAUUAAUUAAUUCGAUUCUUAUCAAUCUCUGAUGACCACCAUUUCUAUUACCAAUGCACCCACCAUCACCACUACUACUACUACUCUCGCUACAACUAAUACUACUACUGCUAGGUGUCUCAAACAAACGAUUUGAUCUUUCAAGAUUUCGUCAAACCAUAGCUUUCUGUCCAACUGAAUGGUACUGUUCAAUUUCCCUUUACUUACUCUGUCUCUUUAUUCCGUGUUGAGCUUCUACAGGACCCAGGGCAAUGUAUCGCCACGUUUUUCUGCUGAUUGGAUGUUUUAAUUUAAUAAUCAUGCUGAUAGCAAGUGUACAAGGGCAAUGUAACAAGUCAUAUCAGACAAUGAGAAUCCAAGAAUGUGAGAAUCUGUUACAGUUAACACACUUCAACAUUAAUUCCCAGAUAACCAAGACAGUGAAUUCAUGGAUGGCAUCUGAUUUGGUGAACAUUUGCAGAUAUAAAUAUAAACUUGAGAUGUGCUACCAGUUAUUAAUGCUUGAAUGUCCUACGCAUGAAAAGGAACUACAACGCAAGUUAGAAUACAUACAUGAUACCUUCAAUUAUCUGUGCAAUGGAAGGAUUCAAACUUACAUUGAUGUACAGCCUUGUUUGAAAUAUAUUGAACCACUCCCUGCCAUGAAAAGCUGUGAGAGCAUUAUGCUGCCAAGUAUUGAUGAAUGCAGUAAAAUUGAUAAGAUAACUACGUGUGUAGCUAACUGGAUUGAGCGAUCGUGUGGUCCAAAGGCAGCAGGUUUUAUGAAAGUAUUGCUGGAGACUGAACUUGCUUUGCCUCUGCCCCCAGGAACAUGUAAAUUCCCCAACAGAGGAAAAGAAUAUAAAUGUUCUUUGCAUAAUGUUGAAACUGAAAGCAAUACUUGUGCAGCUCAUAUUGGAUUCUCUAGCAAAGAUCUUAAACAGUUAAUGUUGAAUCCUUUACCAAAACUGAAUGAGCAAAAACUAAAUUUCCUUUGCAAAAAUUUAGGACUAUUCCAGAAAUGCAUACAGAAAAUAAAAGAAGAAUGCCACAGCACAAACAAAUUAAUGUUAUUUGAACAUUUUUAUUAUAACAAACUUUUAAACUACAUCUGUAAACAAGAUCGAAGCGUUGUCCUCAUUCACAAUUAUUGCUUAACUCAGACACCAUUUUCUGAUUAUCGGAAAGCUUGUUUCAUUAAAGGAGGAAGGAAGAUACUCAAUUCAACAACCAGCAAGCAGGCUUGUCAUUCUCUGGAUGAAACCAUUCACUGCAGUUUGGAUUUAACUAGGAAAGUCUGUAAUUUGAAAGAUUAUCAGUUCAUGAGAAACGUCUAUCAACAUGGUGUGAAAAGCACUUUCUUCAAAAACAGCUGUUCAUAUUUGACUAAGGUCACAAUCAAACCAGAAGUCACAACUGAAGAACACCCUCUGAAAGUAUCCAAUACAUUUAGUAUUGUUGUAGUGUCUGUGGCAGUUGGAUGUUUCUUGAUAUUUAGUGGAAUUGUUGGUGUUUUGAUGGCAGUUCAUGCGAAAAAGAAGAAAGGAAUGCAAGAACCAAUUGAUAACAGACCACAAAGUAAUAUCAUCACAAGACCAAAUUUUGUAAUUCAACCUCAUCUACCACCAUACGACAGAUAUGAAAAUAGCCCAGGCCCUGCCCCUCCACCGUAUGAUGAAAUAAUGGCUGAAGAUUUCAGAGCAUCAAAUCGUUUCUGAACACUCUUCAAAUGAGUGUUCAAAUAAUGAUUAAUUAUUUUUUUUUAAGAACUGACUAAUUAAUAUUUUGAUGAAAACAGUAAUAUAAUACUGGAGAGGGGUGGGUAAAAAGUGUGAAAAUAUGGUAUCUGUAAGCUUUACUUGGAGAAAUCCAUCAUACCUUUUUGUAAAUGUAUUGCUUGUGGACAUAUCAUUUCACAUUCAUAUCAUUCCAAAGCAAUUCCAUUUUGUGGUGAACUAGUUUUUACAUAUUGUAGAAACCUAAGAGUUUAUGCAUGCCAUUUACACCUUGGAUUUUUAUUCAAACUUCAUAGAUUGAUGAAAAACAUAAAACAUACAAGGAAUGGACAGGCCCUCUUCUGUUUACAUUAUCUUCCCACAAAAUUUGUGAACUCAUCAUCAUU